GUCUCAUUUUAUUAGUCAGACGGAAUAAUAAUAACACAUAACUUGCGUUCUACAAACGGAUCAUGGCAAAAAUAAUGAAUUGCUCAAUAUUUUUCGCCCUUAAAUUUCUAGUUUUAAUUUUAACUCCUCGUUUCGAUACAUCUGUCGCAAAGUGUUUAUAUAAUUAUUCGGUAGAUUUGACGGGUGUGACACCAAAUGAAAAUGGUGCAUACCCUUAUGAGGACGUUGUAAUACCGCCGCAUUUGGUGUUCGAUUAUAAAAUGCCAAAAAGAAAUUGUAAAAACGAUCAACAUCAAUUGGCAAAUAUUCAAAAACGUGGCUGCAUUUGUAUGGUGAAAAAAUGCUUACGUGUGUGCACAGAGAGUUUUAGAGUAUACUACCAAGAAAGCAUAAAAGUCAAAAGUGAUAUCGAUAUUGGCUAUACUAAAAAUAUAACACUGAUUAAUGGUUCAAUAUCUGAGUUUAAUUUGAUGCUAGACUUCCACCACAUUAUGGGAAGUGUGUGCGAAAAAGAAUAUGUGCUGGUGCCAGAGAUGGAAGCUAACGAUAAAUGGACUUUAUAUGAGAAUGGUUCUCUUUUACGUUUAAGCGAUAUGCGGCUAAUGUCUGAGAUGGAAUAUUGUUUUGAUGUCAGUGAAUUUGAAAUAGAUGGUAAUCUCUAUUUCCUUGUUAAUCCAAGUAAUUGUGCAAGUGAUACUCUACCAAAUAAUUUGAUCAUCAAUGGCUACGCCAUGCUUUUUUCAGUGCCUUUUUUUGUAUUAACAAUUUUAUAUCUGUAUUGUUGCAUGAAUAUCGAAAAACCUUAUAGCAAGAGUUUAAUAUCCUAUCUAAGUGCCUUGGCUGUUUCAUAUUCCCUUAUAAGUUUUAUGAUAAUAUCGAAGAUUAAAUUUGAGCCAAUUACUUGUCAAAUUCUGGGUUUUAUCAUAUAUUACACAAUGAUUUGUUAUUUAACCUGGACUUGCAUAAUUAGUUAUGAUUUAUGGUAUUCCUAUUCGAAUUUCGGGGCCACAAGUUCAUUCUUGAAGUAUACUAUAGUGGGUUGGAUGUUGCCUCUCAUAAUGACACUUCUCACUGCCAUUGCUCAGAUGACUAUACCUGAUCCUGAUUUCCAACCCGGAAUUGUUGCCAUUAGUUGCACACUCGACAAUACUCGUUGGUCGGCUCUCAUUUAUUUGUAUAUACCUUGCAUCUUAGCAUUGAUCUAUACCUUGACUAUGUAUAUAAGAACCUUGGUUUUCAUAAAACGUUCUAAUGAUGUCGUGCAGCAAAAUUAUGAUGCAGAUUCAACUAGUUUUGGGGUUUUCCUUAAUUUUCGAUUGUUUUCAUUUAUGUGUCUCUCAUGGAUUGUCGAUAUUGUAUCAUUUUUCUGGCAAGCUACUCAUCAAAAGGAGAAAAAUUCUGGUGUUUAUUUGCCCGAUGUUUUGAACGCAUCACAGGGAAUUUUUAUGUUUAUGACGUUGAUUAUGCAUGCCAAAUUCUGGAAGAACGUAUGUCGAAGAAUAGAAGUGAAAAGAAAACGAGCAAGAAGGGCUAGUGAAAUAGAAAUGAUACCGAAUCGGAGAAAUUAACUAGCAAAACCAAAUACCCCUGGACGAUGAUUGCGAGCUCAGAGUAAUCAAUAUAGACAUGAUCAACAUAAAUGAAUGAAAUGUGAUGUAAGCCUCAAUAGGCUAGGAGCAAACGGGUAUAAAUUUACAAACUUAAGUAAAUAAAAAAUAUUGGCCUUAAUUUGACCGAUUAAACAUGGUAUUGUUGAAAAAAAAAACAUUUUUAAAGAUAUGAUAAA